AUGGAUUAUCCUCCCAACCAAGCUGCUUGGCUCCCUGCCCACGGCAAGCGUCCCCUCCAAGUGAAGUCGGCUCCUUACACUCCUGCCGGCGAGAACGAGCUCGUGGUGAAGAACGGCGCCAUCGCUGUGAACUCGCUCGAGUGGUCCAAGCAAGUCUUGGGUGGUCUCAUCUUGAACUGGAUCAAAUAUCCCUUCAUCAUGGGAAAUAACGUCGCUGGCAAAGUUGUUGAUAUUGGUGAAGGUGUCACUGGCUUCAAUCUGGGAGACCGCGUCCUGGCGCACGCAAUCUCCAUGGAUCCCACCAUCAACAAGUCUUCUCACGGUGCCUACCAGGAGUACACUGUCGUGCAUGCCAAACUGGCCUCGCGUAUUCCUGACGGUGUCUGCUACGAGGAGGCCUGUGUCCUCCCUCUUGGCUUGUCUACUGCUGCGAGUGCCAUGUUCCAGACUGACUUCUUGUCCCUGAACCACCCCAGCGCCUUGGGUCUUCUCCCAAAGUCGACUGUCUACACCUUGAUUGUUUGGGGAGCAUCUACCAGCGUCGGAAGCAACGCUAUUCAGCUGGCUGCAGCUGCAGGCUAUGGUGUUAUCGCUACUGCCUCUCCCGCCAACUUCGAGUAUGUCCAAGCCCUGGGCGCUUCCCACGUCUUCGAUUACAAGAGCAAGUCUGCCGUCGCGGACAUCCUCCACAUCCUCCGUACCAAGAGAGCCGUCGGUGCUAUUGCAAUCGGCAAUGAAUCCACUGAAGCUUGCAUGGAAAUCCUCGCCAAGUCAGAGGGCUCCAAGCUGGUCGUUCAAGUCAGCGUUCCAUUCCCAGAGAAGCCGCCCGCCACUGUCUGGCACUUCUUCUUGUUCAUGCUCGCUCUCGCCUGGUGGAAUAUCUCUAUCACCAUCAAGUCUAUUCGCUGCGGUGUUCUCGUCAAGCCCGUUUUCAGCAGCUCCCUUGUUCACAACGAAGUCGGCACUGUGAUCUACAACGACUUCUUGCCUACUGCACUGGCCAACGGCAGAUACCGCCUCGUCCCGAAGCCCGUCGUUGCCGGCCGUGGUCUUGAGCAAGUCCAGGCUGCUCUCGACGCUCACAAGAAGGGCCUCUCUGCUCAGAAGGUUGUUGUCUCGCUUUAA